CCCCACAGUUUUGUCCUUUUCUCUUUGAUCAACAAAAGCAUUUUGGAUUCUUGAAAUAAACUAUUAUAAAUUACAAAUUUACUCAGCAUUUUCAUUUCUAGAUCUCAUUUUGCAGGCCAGAAAAUAAAAUGGCAGCAAGUUCAGUACAUAAAUUUGCUCAGUGCAUUACUUGUCAUGCUUGGAGUCCUGACCUAUCCAUGAUUGCACUUUGUCCUAACAACAGCGAAGUACAUAUUUAUAAACUAUCCGAAGACAAGUGGGAGAAGGUCCAUGUUCUUCAAAAGCAUGACCAAAUUGUUUCUGGUAUAGAUUGGAGUUACAGAUCCAACAAAAUAGUCACUGUUUCUCAUGACCGUAAUUCAUAUGUGUGGAACCAAGAAACAACAGGGUGGGUUCCUACUCUGGUUAUUCUCAGGCUGAAUCGUGCAGCACUUUGUGUGCAGUGGAGUCCAAAAGAAAACAAGUUUGCUGUUGGAAGUGGAGCUAAAACUGUUUGUAUAUGCUACUACGAGCAAGAAAAUAACUGGUGGGUGAGUAAGCUUAUCAGGAAAAGGCAUGAUUCAUCUGUAACAAGUAUUGCCUGGCAUCCGAAUAAUGUUCUCCUAGCAACAACAUCCACUGAUGGUAAAUGUCGAGUAUUUUCAACAUUCAUUAAAGGCGUUGACGCAAAAGACUCUGCAAUGGGGAGUUCUGCAGAUACCAAAUUUGGAGAGCAAAUUGUCCAGCUUGAUCUCUGCUUCUGCUGGGCUUUUGGUGUCAGAUGGUCCCCUAGUGGCAACACCUUAGCAUAUGUAGGUCAUAACUCAAUGAUAUACUUCGUUGAUGAAGUUGGUCCCUCUGCUGCAGCACAAAGUGUAGCAAUCCGAGAUUUGCCUCUUCGUGAUAUAUUGUUUCUUUCUGAAAGGAUGGUUGUUGGAGUGGGAUUUGAUUGCAAUCCGAUGGUCUUUGUGGCAGAUGAUAGUGGACUCUGGAGUUUCUUGAGAUUCCUUGAUGAACGGAAAGCAGUGUCUUCAAGUGCCAAAUAUGGAUCACAG